GGACAUUUGCUUAUUCCCACAUGACCACUGCCCACCAAUUGAGUUUGUUGUGGGAAGUUGAUAAAGAAUAAGAUAUGGACAUUGCAGUUGGAAGAAACAUCCAAAUUCUGGCAUUCUCUGGUUCAUCUUUUCAUGGAAAGAGUAUAUGUAAAACUUCUGUAGCUCUGAAAAGCACUAAUUGGCCUGCUAGAACAGGACAUUCUUUAAGGCAGUGCAGAAGUGUCCUUCGAGCUCAGCAAAGACCAACAUGGCUUCCUGGGCUUGACCCUCCACCCUAUCUUGAUGGAACUCUUGCUGGAGAUUUUGGGUUUGAUCCACUAGGACUUGGAGAGGAUCCUGAAAGUUUGAGAUGGUAUGUACAAGCAGAACUAGUUCAUGCCCGUUUCGCCAUGGCUGGGGUUGCUGGAAUUCUUUAUACGGAUUUGCUACGAGUGACGGGAAUAAGUGACUUGCCAGUGUGGUAUGAAGCGGGAGCUACAAAAUUUGAUUUUGCAAGCACAAGAACUCUGCUCAUUAUUCAACUAUUAUUGAUGGGGUUCGUUGAAACAAAAAGGUACAUGGAUUUUCUAAACCCUGGCUCUCAAGCAAAACCUGGAUCCUUCUUUGGGCUAGAAGCUGCACUAGAAGGCCUUGAACCAGGGUAUCCUGGUGGUCCUCUACUGAAUCCUCUUGGAAUUGCAAGAGAUAUAGAGAAUGCUCAUGACUGGAAGCUGAAAGAGAUAAAAAACGGACGACUAGCUAUGGUGGCUAUGCUUGGCAUCUUUGUCCAGGCUUCUGUUACCCAUGUUGGUCCUAUCGAUAAUCUGGUCGAGCAUCUCUCCAAUCCAUGGCACAAAACAAUUAUCCAAACCAUUUCUGCAUCUAAUUCUUGAUCAUUAAGAGUAUAUAUGUUUCAUGACAUACUGAAAUGUGUUCAUAUAAAGGCUACUUAGUGAAGCAAGUCAACAUUAUGUAAGAAUUCAUGUGUAUCAAUCGUUUCCUGGACAGAACAGAAGAUGGUAUCAUAUGGUUUCAACACAAAGGUCAAACACCGGGUGAUCUGAGGAUGUUCUUCAGACCACAACGAGGAAAAAAACUUACACAAAGUGGUCGCACCAAACAAUAAGUGCAAUACAUGUGUCUUACAUAUAAACUAUUAUCACCCAGUCAUGAUAUGUUUUCUUACUAUAAUUUGCGACUGUUAAAGGUUAAA